AUGAAGAGGACAGCACGAAAAACAAUUAUUCUAGUAAUAUUUUGCUUGAAAUUCAUCAUUAUACCAGUAUCUGCCAGUAUGCUUGCCCCACAUAACAAUACACGCAGUAUAUACGAGGUAAGCAGCCGGAUAAGAGGCAGUAGAAACAAUCCUUUAUUGCAUGAAAAUAAUCAAAUUGACCAAGCAGAAGAGAACAUAAGACACAAAAUAAAUGAAUUGAGACGCGGAGAAGAGAAGUACAACCAAACUAAAGUGGAUAUAGCCAAAGAAGCUCUAAGUAUGCUUAAAAAGUGUGAAAGAAUUCUUCCCACAGACCUAAACCGGCUAUAUAUUUGGAGUGAAGGAUACGAUAGACACCAUAACCAGAUGUCGGGGCAAGAUAUAGAGAAGCAAAUAGUAGAAUGGCAGCAGAUUAUACCAAGCACCUAUAACAGCAUAUACACAGCUAUUGAAGAUGAACAAUUUACAAAAAAUCUACUAAUUUCACCAGAUGGUGCUAAUACUAUAAAAUAUAAAUUGAAUGAUCUUCCUAUACUUACUCCUAGAAUUGAAAAAUAUUACAGUAAAAUUUCAGCAGACUUAAAAAACAUAAUUCUACUUUCUAAAAAAGCAGAGAGUAAAUAUGACAGAAAAGAGUAUUUUGUAGAAGAUAACUUGGAUAGAAAGGCCCUAGCCAACUGUUUUGUGAGUCUAGUCUACCCGCCUUAUAUUUUUACUACAUUCAGUAUGUAUGAUAUACUUCUAAAGCAUGGCUUCCCUAAUACAUAUGUAGAAAGAGGGCUAUUAGAUAAUUCUGGAGAGCAAGUGGGGCAUUUUAUAAACAAUAUUGAUAAAUUGAAAUUAAAGCUGAUUAAUUUCUUUGGAUUUAUCACCACACAAAUAUCCAAAUCCAAUGAAUCAAAUAAAAAGUUUGUAGAAUAUGCCAAAAAGUUACACAAACAGGGCGUGAACAUAUAUAAAACAGUAGAAAAAUCAGUGGAUCCCUAUGGAAACAUUGAAAAAAAGCGGCAACAGUACUUACACGCAUGGAGACUUAUAAAUAAUUCGUUUAGUCUGCAAGUCCCAAUAAUAAUUGAACUAUUAAAGAACAUUUUACAUGCAAGUGAGUGUAAUCUAAAGGAAUUAAAAUACAAAAUGAAUGUACACACAGAUGGUUAUAUAUUGAAUAGAAAGGACCAUUUAGAAAAAUUAAAUAAGUUGGCUAUUUUAGUAAAGGGGGUUUUAAGCCCUCAGAAUGGCGAUGAUUUUAAUGAGAGUAUGAUCAUGACAGUCAACUCUGCCAAUUACUAUUUAACAGAGCGAAUAAUAGAUAUUAAUUGGCAAAUUGUCAGCGGAUUACAUUUCAUUCAAAUACGAAAUAAUAAUAAAAAUAUAGGCUUUGUAGAGCUCAAAAAGCAGCUAACAGAAGACAUAGGAUGUAUUUGGAAAAUAAGCACAAUUGUGCAAAAAUAUAUAAAUUCGCCAGAAUUUCAGCCUCACAUAACUAUAAGCAAAUAUGCAAAGCAGGUAACUAACAACUUAAUUGAGGUGGAUACAAAAUUCAAUAACUCCAACUCGAUAUUUAGCUCAAUAAUCAGCGGAAGAUUCGCGGUUUUGCUUACAUUAUGCGUUAGUGCACUACAAAAAGCUCUUUUGUUUGGAAGCUAUUAA